AUGGCAGAGGAUGGCCAGGAUGCUUCCUCGAACGGACACUUCGACCAGGAGACGCAGAGCUCAGGUAGAGCAGGCUUCUCUGCAACCCUACCCGCGCGCCGGUCCUCUGGCCGUUAUGCUGCCGGGGAGCAGACGGGGUCGUCCGGCAGCAGCCACCCUUCCAGGGGGGGCCAGCAACCACAGAACCCCCAAUCUAAGAGCUUUGAGUUUGUCCUCGUUACCGACAACGAGUCUAGACGACAGGUCCGCCGCCAUGCGAUGCGCCAGUAUAUGCGUCAGCGACGCCUAGACAGUAUCGCACGACUAGAGACACCUCGUUUGCCAAUCGGCGGUUGGGUCAGCCGCCAGGCAGCGUCUGAAGUUUCCACGUUAAACAGUCCAUCCUCUCAGAUUGAAGAUCCUCUGAAAGAUGUCCCUACAGACGAGGAAAAUAUACCACCUGUUGACGAUGUGGAGUAUUGCGCCUUGGAAGCGGGAACCGAGCCUUCGAUGGCCUUGGUCUCUCAAUCAUCCUCAAUCAAAUCGGAGGAGUCUUCUCCUCUUCCAUUUAUUAGCUAUAGAACCCCGGAUCCGCUGGCGAGUCCUGGACAUGGGGCCAUUCAGGAUCCUUUUAGCAGUUAUCCAAUUCCUGUUAGUCACACUGAUCAUAAACUGAUCCAACACUUUAUCGUGACCUAUCCGUCUAUGAUGUAUAAGUUUGCCGACUCUGUUGCAAACAACCCUAUGUUGGAGAUAUUCCGGCAAAUCGCACUGCAUGACGGUCUUCCGUUCCAGGCGAUGCUCGCCAUUGCAUCCAAGCAUCGAGCCGGGGUCGAAGGCAAGACAGAUUCUGUUCAAAGCCUUACUCACAAAAUGCGAGCGCUUCGAAUGAUGAAUGAGCGAAUGCAAGCAGACUCGCAGGGCCUGCAGGACGGAACCAUAUAUGCCGUAGCCACAAUGGCAGUAAUUGAGAAAUGGUCGAAGGAUGCUUCUAUCGAGCGGAUGCACUGCAAGGGACUGGCAUCUAUGGUCCGAAAUCGAGGCGGAAUGCGAGGCAUGCGAGCCUCUAAUCCAUUUCUGGAGAAGGUCCUAUACUGGGUGGACUUUAGUUGCGCACCGAAUGCAACUUACACUUCAUGUCUACCCUGGACUGGCGCCAUUCCUGACACUCUCCCUGAGAGCCUUGACUUUCUUGUUUCAGAGGAGCCGCUCGCCAUUCCGCAUCAUUUGGCCCAAAUCGAAGGGUCUGAGAACUUGUACAAUUACUUUCGGGCCGGUGAAGACUUUCUGCGAUUCUUCCGUCGUCUCUACGAAUUGGAGAAUGCCAUGUUAAGCACCCGCAGUGAAACUCCAGGCGGACACACCACUCCUCGCGUCAAGCGCUUUAGCCCGGGGACGCAGCUGCAUUCCAUUCUUACAAUGCUUCCGGACUAUGACCACGGAAUCUGCGACAUCAGAUUCAUUGACGAAUACACCUGCAUGGCCUGUCUUUUGUUUCUUGCUGUCGCCCUCUACGACUCCUAUCAGAACUCCACCGAUUUCGACCACUACCUCGAGUGGCUGGACAUGGAGAUCCAGAAGCUCAGCCCCCGCGGAAACCCAAGCAUUGCUUCCGUCCUAUGGCUCUUCCUGAACAACGGCGGGUACGCCCACGGGCAAGCCGGCGAUACCGGCGAACGGUGCUGGGCCGUUUCGCGCAUGGUGCGCAUCGCAAAACGCCUCGAGUGGAAACACCAGGGCACGAUCUGGGACCGCCUCCGCCAGGUCCUGAUCAAUUUCAUACUGACUCAGCAGGAGUGCGCGCUGGGGUCAGAUAGCAUCGACGAUGCAGCAGUGGACGCCCAACAGCAGAGACGCGGUCAGCCGAGGGAGUAUUUCUGGGACGAGGACGAGAUGCGCGAGGAGAUUCUCGGGACCCAGCAAGCUGCUGCCCUCGCUUACUCUGAAGUCGGGACUCCUGCGCCUCUAUCAAGCGGCAUUGGGGACCUGUGCUUGGGAUAG